AUGAAACUGUUGUUGGUAAAAUUAAGUAUUAAUAUGCCUAUAAAAUUAUGUUGUGUAGCUUGUGGUAGCUACCUGGUAACAUUAUUAUUAAUAACACCUGUUACUACUACUACUACUACUACUACUACUACUACUACUACUACUACUACUACUACUACUACUACUACUACUACUACUACUACUACUACUACUACUACUACUACUACUACUACUACUACUACUACUACUACUACUACUACUACUACUACUACUACUACUACUACUACUACUACUACUACUACUACUACUACUACUACUACUACUACUACUACUACUACUACUACUACUACUACUACUACUACUACUACUACUACUACUACUACUACUACUACUACUACUACUACUACUACUACUACUACUACUACUACUACUACUACUACUACUACUACUACUACUACUACUACUACUACUACUACUACUACUACUACUACUACUACUACUACUACUACUACUACUACUACUACUACUACUACUACUACUACUACUACUACUACUACUACUACUACUACUACUACUACUACUACUACUACUACUACUACUACUACUACUACUACUACUACUACUACUACUACUACUACUACUACUACUACUACUACUACUACUACUACUACUACUACUACUACUACUACUACUACUACUACUACUACUACUACUACUACUACUACUACUACUACUACUACUACUACUACUACUACUACUACUACUACUACUACUACUACUACUACUACUACUACUACUACUACUACUACUACUACUACUACUACUACUACUACUACUACUACUACUACUACUACUACUACUACUACUACUACUACUACUACUACUACUACUACUACUACUACUACUACUACUACUACUACUACUACUACUACUACUACUACUACUACUACUACUACUACUACUACUACUACUACUACUACUACUACUACUACUACUACUACUACUACUACUACUACUACUACUACUACUACUACUACUACUACUACUACUACUACUACUACUACUACUACUACUACUACUACUACUACUACUACUACUACUACUACUACUACUACUACUACUACUACUACUACUACUACUACUACUACUACUACUACUACUACUACUACUACUACUACUACUACUACUACUACUACUACUACUACUACUACUACUACUACUACUACUACUACUACUACUACUACUACUACUACUACUACUACUACUACUACUACUACUACUACUACUACUACUACUACUACUACUACUACUACUACUACUACUACUACUACUACUACUACUACUACUACUACUACUACUACUACUACUACUACUACUACUACUACUACUACUACUACUACUACUACUACUACUACUUAUAUUUUUCUUUCGAUUUCUUAUGUAUUUAUUUACAAGUUAAGAAUCUACGCAGUAAAAGGCUCAGGUGUACCAGUUGAAGUCUAA